AUGCCACUUAAGUCAGAUAUCUUAAUCGAUGCUUCAAAAUUUGAGCCUCAAAAUACACCAAAGGAAACAAUCAAGGCCAAUGAAGAGUUGAGUAAUAAAUUGAAAGAUGGUCCAAAAUGGUUUGAGAUCGGUGCAUCUGAAUAUCGCGAGAUGAGAAAUGCAGGGAAAACUCCUAUGCCUAAGCCUAAACCUUUACCGGAAGCUCUGGACAUAGAUAUUCCUUCUCGUGAUAGUACUCGUAUGAUUCCUUGUCGUCUAGUAUAUCCAUCUUGGCGCAAAACCACCAAUGAAAGAAGGAAAACAAAAGGAAUUGGAUGCCUCAUACAUGGUGGAGGAUGGGUUCUCGGGGAUCAGCAUUCUGCCGAUACUUUACUCCAGUUCUAUGCUGAUGCAGGAGAUCUGGCUGUUAUAUCGAUUGGAUAUAGACUUGCCCCUGAAUAUCCUUUUCCAUGCGGUCCAAGUGACUGUAUUGAUGUGGGAGAAUAUUUGGUUAACGAUGGUGAAAGGGUGUUUGGUAGCUCGUUGAAAUUUAUCGGGGGAGAGAGUGCCGGUGCACACUUAUCCUUACUGGUCGCCUUUCAUCUUCUCAGAAACCUACCCAACUUCAAGCUUUCCGGACUUGUUCUCAAUUGCGGUAUCUACGAUUUAACAAUGCUUCCUCACUGUCGAAAUUUCGGUCGACCUGACCUCGUUCUCGACCAUACCCUUAUGCGUAAAUUCGUCGACGCAUUUCUCCCCGACAUGAGCGACGAACAGAAAAAAUCUCCCCUCAUCUCCCCUUAUUACGAAGAUCUUGAGAAAUUCAGAGGCAGAUUACCAAGUGCUCUCUUUACAUGUGGUACGGAAGAUCCAUUAUUAGAUGAUUCGGUUACAAUGGCUACGAAAUGGAUGAUGACGGGUGGAGAGGCGGUUAUUAAAAUUUAUACGGGGGCUCCGCAUGCAUUUAUUUCGUUGGGGAAUUUAUCUAAGGAGGCUAGUGAUGCGAGGGAGGAUACGAGGGUUUAUAUUAGGGAUUGUAUGGGGAAGUUGUGA